AUCAUCUGAUUUUUAAAUCUAACAUAAAUCUUAUAUUAAUAUCCACAGUCGUCAAAUUCUCUCAAUAAUUAUAUAAAUUUCACCAUCUAAUAGUCAAUUAGUACAAUUCGCGGGCUGUGAUUAGAAAAAAUCGCUUCGUCGAUGAUGGAUUCUUUUAUGAAUAAGGGAGGAUUCAAAGCUGCGAAAUGUAAAACUCUGUUGAAACUGACAAUUCCACGAAUAAAGCUUCUGAGGAACAGAAGAGAGAUACAAAUAAAGCAAAUGCGUAGAGAAAUUGCCAAGCUCCUUGAGACCGGCCAAGAAGCCACUGCUAGGAUUCGAGUUGAGCAUAUAAUAAGAGAAGAGAAGAUGAUGGCAGCACAGGAGAUAAUUGAACUAUUCUGUGAGCUUAUUGUUGUACGUCUUCCAAUCAUUGAAGCACAAAGGGAGUGUCCUCUAGACUUGAAAGAAGCAAUUUCCAGUGUAUGCUUUGCUGCACCAAGGUGUGCCGAUCUUACAGAGUUAAUGCAGGUUCAAAUGCUGUUUGCUGGCAAAUAUGGAAAAGAAUUUGUUUCUUCUGCAACUGAGCUUAGGCCGGAAUGUGGUGUCAAUCGCCAGUUGGUGGAGCAAUUAUCUGUUCGAGCUCCGACUCCUGAUGUUAAACUGAAGCUGCUCAAGGACAUUGCUGAAGAGCAUGAGCUAGACUGGGAUCCAAGUGCGUCUGAAAGUGAAUUGCUGAAGCCACAUGAAGACUUACUGAGCGGUCCGACACAAUUUGUCAGCGGUUCUAAGCUGCCCUUUAACAGAGAGAAACAUGACGAACCACUGUAUUCCGCAUCCAAACAAGACACAGAGAAACUGUCUGAUUCUGAUACAGAUUUUGAAAUAUUAGAUUUUCCAGAAGUUCCUAAGCAGCCAUUACAGUCAAGUAAAGGCACUGUAUCGGCACCAGAAAUGCUUCCUUUUCCUGCAUCUGCCCUAUCUGAAAGUUACGAAGAAGAUUCAGAUCCUUCUGGAGAUAACAAAAGUCAGUCAGAAGUGUUGCUGGAGAAAUCAGCUAGCAAAGAACGUGAAUCCCCCGAUAUUUCAUUGGGUCCAGUGGAACACAAACAGUUUGUGCCAUUCAUAUCUCCUCCAUCACCGUCUUCUGCAUCAGUUCCUGUGAGACAAGGCAAUGCACCUCCCCCUGUUGUAGGGAUCAAAAGUGAGAACAAUGUGGAUUUACAGGAUGUAUUGGCUGCUGCUCAGGCAGCUGCUGAUAGUGCUGAUCGUGCAGCUGCUGCUGCCCGCUCUGCUGCUAGUCUUGCUCAGCUUAGAAUCAGUGAACUUGUCAAGAAAAAUAAUGACGUGGUUUCAGAUGGUACAGUUGAAAACCCUUUUCAUGGUACCGAAUCCAAGUUGGAUGACAUAGAAAAGCCUGUUUUGGAUAAUCAAAGCUCGUUUGGUUCUGACGGUGUUUCAGCUUCUCCCAGCGUGCAUCAGGCGUCAAACCUUAUUUUUUUUUAA